CCCACGAUCCCACUAUAAGAACUCCCAUCCCGCAGCACCCGAAGCGAAGCAACAAUGGCGGACCAGCCCCAAUGGGUCACCUUCAACUCUUCCAACUCCGAUUCCGACGAGGCCCUCUCCCUCUCCGACCUCCCCAUCUCCAAACCCAACACCAACAAUCCCGAACAAGACAGCGGCCCCUCGCCCUCAAAAGACGACCAGUUCGAGUUCCGAAUCAUCACCAACGGCAAUCACUCCUCCACCAACCUCACCGACAUGUGCGCCGCCGAUGACGUCUUCUUCCACGGCCAGCUCCUCCCCCUCGGCCCAACACAUCCCGUAUCUCGCUCCGACUCCACCGCAAGCAUCAGCUUCGAUAGUAGCACCAGCGUCAGCCGAAGCCUUUCGUCGAACAGCUGUGCGAGCAGCUCCGAUGCCCCGCAGUCUCUGCUUCGCAUAAGAUCGAACACCUUAUGCGCGUGCCCGAGCCCGAACCCGCGGGUCUGGUCCGUCGGGAGAAACGGCUGCGGGAGAAGAAGCACCGGUUCUGCGCCGCCGGUUGGGUGGGGAUUGUUGAGGUUAGGCGUCGCGAUGGCGCCGGAGAUGGAGCUGAGUGACAUGAGAGUGAGGCUGGCGAGAGGUGGCAGCGGGAAGAAUUUGGAGAAGAGAGGGAAUGCGGUGUGGAGGUUACUGGGAGGUGGAUUGAUGGGGUGCAAGUGUUCCCCGGAGGAUGCAAUUUUGGGGAAGGAUUUGAAGGCGAGGAAGAAGGGGGAAGGAAGGGGAAGAGUUGCAGGGUUGGAGAGAAAGGAGAGGAUGUUUGAGUGGUUGGAGGAGCUUUCACUUGCUAAAGAGCCGUUGAUGAAAUUUAAUCUUUAGCAGAGUUUGAGAUCAGUGGAGAGUUGAUAGAUCGAUUCUGUUCUUCUUCUUCUUCUUGAUUGUUUGGUUAUGUACGGAUCUAUGAAAGUUCUUAUUUUUCGUCGUCUUCUUCUUCUUCUUCUUCGUUUUUGUUUAAAUUUGUGCGUGUUAAAAUGGUAUAAAGGAAGGUUGGCUU